AUGUCUUGCUGUGGAUUUUUCGGGUGUUUUUGUGUCUUUACUGUCUUAGUUCAGCUUUUCUGUGGAGUUUUCCGAUUCAUAUAUCAACAAAUUAUUGGACCUGCACUUUAUGGAAGUUCUGUAGAUUUUAAGAAAUAUGGAGGAUGGGCACUUGUGACUGGUGCAACUGACGGUAUUGGAAAGGAAUAUGCCAGAUCUCUUGCCAAACGAGGACUCAAUAUAAUAUUAGUAUCAAGAACUCUCUCAAAGUUAGAGACAGUCGCAAAGGAAAUUGAAGAGCAAUUUAAUGUACAGACAAUGGUGAUUGAUGUCAAUUUUACAUCAGGUCUCGAAAUUUACGACAAGAUUAAGGAAAAGAUUAAAGGAAAGGAAAUUGGAAUCUUAAUUAAUAAUGUUGGAAUGGGUACCGUAGCACCUGAUUACUUCUUGGCUGUGCCUGAUCGCGAUCAAAUGAUUCCAGAUAUGGUCAAAUGCAAUGCCUUGUCAAUUCCAAUGAUGUGCAGCAUAAUUUUGCCACAAAUGUUUGAACGCAAACGUGGUCUGAUCAUCAACAUUUCAUCAUUAUCUGCCAUUGUUCCUGCUGGUUGCCUGACUGUUUAUGCAGCCACAAAGUCAUUUGCACAUAAAUUCUCAGAAGAUCUCGCAAUGGAAUAUAAGAAACAUGGAAUCCUUGUUCAGUCAGUCGUGCCAGGUCCAGUAGCCACAAACAUGACACGACUAAAGAAAGGAACUUGGAUGGCACCAAAGGCUGAUGUCUUUGUCGAAUCAGCUUUGAAAACAGUCGGAAUUGCUCCUUACACGACAGGAUAUUAUCCACAUGCCAUACUUCAACUUGCUGCGCAAUGGAGCAAGUUCUUGGUACCAACUUAUAUGUCAAACAUGACACUGAAGACAAUGGAGAAUGUAAGAAACAGAGCCAUCAAGAAAGGAAUUUAUACUCCAUUCAGUCAAUGAACAUUUUCCUUGCUUUACUUGCAUCCAAAGAACUUUUUCCCAAAGCACAUUC